AUGAGCCGACGGCAGAUGCAGGCGUUACAGGAUGGCAUGAAAGGGAUCGUCUACUGCCGAUCCAAGGCGCAAUGUGCGGUGCUGGCAGAGGCACUACAGUGUCCAUGCUACCGUGCUGACAUACCUGAUCGUGGUACUCGAUUAACGCAGUCGUUAGAGAAAGGGGGCUCAAUUGUAGCAACAUCUGCGCUUGGCACUGGCGUAGACUUUACUGGAAUCCUGUUUAUCUUGCAUGUAGGCAUGCCGUGGAGCAUGAUAGACUACUGUCAAGAGAGUGGGCAAGCUGGGCGCAGCGGUGAGGCUGCUAGCUUAGUUAUCAUAGUAGAGCAAGGCGAGGUAGCGAGGCGGUUCUAG